AUGUUUGAUAGUGAGGCUUUGGAGAGAAGGAAAAUUUUAAUUCGCAGUAUAGAUUUCUUUUCGCGCCUCAUCCUUCUCUCUGGCUCUGGCCGCAUAGGGGUGCUGCAUCCUUCUCUCUCGCUUUCGCCAGUGGGGAAGACCAUUACAGAUCUGCCACGCAUCUUCUCCUACGUUCCUGGCCUCUACAAAAUCUUCGAUGAGAUCCUCGUCAACACUGGCGACAACAAGCAGCGAGAUCUCUCCAUGGCAGCCUUCAAGGUCACCAUCAAUGCCAAGCUGAACACCAUAUCUUCAACGGCGAUACCAUACCCGUUGAGAUCCCCAAACUCAUUUGUAGCCACUUGCUUACUAACAGCAACUAUGACGAUAACGAUAACCUUAAGAAGACCACCUGUGGAUGCAACGGCUACAGUGCGAAGCUCACCAACAUCUUCUCCACCGAGUUCAUCGUCAAAAUUGCCCAUGGAAAGCGCAAGAAGAAGUAUAAACAGCUCCCUCCCACACGCCACUGCUCCCUUGGCUUUCUCCACUCCCGUCACCGAUAAUAUCUCCGUUUGCACAGCCGACUAACUCCAUUAUGUCUCCCUCUCAAAUUCCGAUUGGAAACUCGUUCUCUGGAACUAUAACCCUUCACUUAUCGCAACUUUCUUCUAUUCUCUCCCUGUGAUUUUGCUGACAUUUCUUAGGACAUAAUUUUGUUUGUUAGGCAUCUCCAAGGAAUCAUCCUCUGAUGGUCUUGGCGUGGGAACUAACGCCAUUGGAUAUGGCGUUAAAGCCGUGUAAGAAAUUUGUUUCUCUUUUCUAAAUCUUGUGCGGAAGCAAAAAGGGAUUUUAGGGAUUGCAAAGGUUUGAUGUAUCUGAGAGAAACGCAAAGUAACGGAACAGAGCAGUUCAGCAGCUAUGUCCCUUUGGAGAACAGAAUCAGCUCCCAAUAAUGGAGAAGUUGGAGGAACAGGAAAUCAAGGGUGGGUACUAAUACUUUUACCUUCAAGACAAUUUUGGAACUGCAAUUUCUUGAUUGAAAAAAAAGCAAUAAUUAUGUUGUUUCUCUCCACUCAAAAUUCAUUAUCAUGCAAUUUUUGUUAUAAAAAAAAUUGUUUCUUACUCGUUCGGAAAUCAAUCAUCGGCUAUGGACUCAAGAAGCCUUUCUGAUUGGUGGAUCUAGGGUGGUCUGAAAAAUUUUCAGGAUAAGUAUGUUAGUAAGAAGUACAUAUUUAGUUUGACAGACUAAGAUGUAUUUUCAUGUUUUGAAUCCAGAAAAAUAGAAAUAACUUGAUCAUGAAUUUAAGCUUCUCAUUAGCUUACAUAAAACAGACAUGACACAGAAUAAAACAGAAAUAUCCUCACACAGGGUUUUCAAAUUCUUAUUUUUUUAAUUGUCAGUGUUUGAGAAGAUAUUUGCUGUAUUGAUCGAAUGCCAUAAUUUCUAACAACCAAUUUUUUUGUCUGUGUUGAGGGAAGAUUGAGAAGAUUCACUCCUUAUCAUUGAUCAGGAAAAAUUGUCCAUUUUCCUUUGUUGUAACUAUCUCUCUCCAUAUAUACUAUUUGUUCUCUUCAACAUCAAUGUUUCUCAAGAAAAUCCUAUAACCUCUCAGUUACCUAAUACUUAUUGCUUUUAUGUACAGCGGCAAGGGAAUCUUGAAACUCAUGCUGACAGGGUGAUUAAAAUACCAGAGGUACUUAAUAAUUAGGAAUUUCAUCAUUGAAAUUGAAUUCACUUCUACUUAUCAAUAGAAAGAACUAAAGUGAAGCUAAAUCUUAUACUUAUUUCAUAGUGUAUAAAUGUGCUUUUUC